CUUUUGUCAGCCUUGACAGCCAUGCUCAUUGUCUAUAUUUAUUCUUGACCAAACAGCUGUUCAGUAAACCAAUCCCUCAGAAGCCGAGAGGACAGCUGCCAUUCCAGAGAUAAGAGACAGUAAAAGAGAGAGAGCUCAGUCAAACCAUCGGAGAAAUGAUUGAGACGGGUUACAAAUGACUGUAUCAAUCUAACCAACAGAAGUACCACAUUGCUCUUCCCAGUCUUCAAUAGACAUUUUGGAAUAUCACUUUUAAAGCAAACGUGGUACAGUGACUCUCUUGAAACCACAAUGACAGACAGCAACAGUCCUCCAUUAUCAUCUUACAUCAUGGAUGAGGAAACUCUAAAGAGAAAACAGAAGGAGAAGCUUAAGAAGCUGAUGGCUACAGGAGGCAACCCAAGGCCUGCACGCUCUCUUCUCUUUUUGACACUGAGGAAUCCCUUCCGCAAGACUUGCAUCAAUAUUGUGGAGUGGAAACCUUUUGAAAUUAUAAUUCUACUUGCUAUCUUUGCCAACUGUGUGGCCCUGGCUGUGUACUUGCCCAUGCCUGAGGAGGACAGCAACAAUACAAACAGCAAUCUGGAAAGUCUGGAGUACAUUUUCCUCAUCAUCUUCUCUAUAGAGUGUUUCCUGAAGAUUGUUGCCUAUGGAUUUCUCUUUCAUGCAGACGCAUACUUAAGAAAUUGCUGGAACAUUCUGGACUUUGUUUGUGUGUCUGUUGGCCUUUUCACUGUGGCUGUGGAUGCCAUUAACCACAUCAGUGGAGUGGAGGCUCCAGUUGGAGAAAAAGGUGGUGGCUUUGACAUGAAAGCUCUGCGGGCAUUCAGAGUCCUUCGACCACUCAGAUUGGUCUCUGGAGUUCCCAGCCUACAAGUGGUGAUGAAUUCCAUCCUGAAGUCCAUGCUGCCUCUUUUUCACAUCACCCUGCUGGUAUUUUUCAUGGUCACCAUUUACUCCAUUAUGGGACUGGAGCUCUUCAAGUGCAAAAUGCACAAAACCUGCUACUACACAGGCACAAACAUCAUUGCCACAGUGGAAAAUGAGAAGCCAGCUCCAUGUGCCCAGGCAGGAAAUGGUCGCCGUUGUACCAUCAACGGUACAGAGUGUCGAGCUGCCUGGCCAGGCCCAAAUCAUGGAAUCACCCACUUUGACAACUUGGGCUUUUCUAUGCUGACUGUUUAUCAGUGUAUCACCACGCAGGGGUGGACUGAUGUCCUGUACUGGGUAAAUGAUGCAAUAGGAAUGGAAUGGCCAUGGAUCUAUUUUACCACACUUAUUCUGGUUGGGUCCUUCUUCGUCCUCAACCUGGUACUUGGUGUGCUCAGUGGUGAGUUCACAAAAGAACGGGAGAAGGCCAAGUCCCGUGGAGAGUUUCAGAAGCUGAGGGAAACCCAACAGCUGGAUGAAGAUCUCAAGGGCUAUAUGGAGUGGAUCACCCAGGCUGAAGUCAUGGACAGUGGGCAAGAGGGACAUGGUCUGCUCACAGUGGACAUCGGAGUCUCAGAGACUGGAAGUGUCAGCAAAAUGGACACAAUGCAACUGAUCAUCUAUUACUAUAAACUGGCUCGUAUUUGGAAUCGUUGGUUACGCCGCAAAUGCAGAGUGUAUGUGAAAUCCAGGCUAUUCUACUGGUGGGUGAUCAUGCUCGUCUUCCUCAAUACGCUGGCCAUUGCGACAGAACACCACAAGCAGUCUCAGAGACUCACAACCUGGCAAGACAAUGCCAAUAGGCUACUCCUGUCUAUGUUUGCCCUUGAGAUGUUCAUGAAGAUGUAUGCUCUAGGCUUGCCCUCUUACUUCAUGUCUCUCUUCAAUCGCUUUGACUGCUUUGUGGUGUCAACUGGCAUUAUGGAGCUCAUUCUUGUCAACAUGGGUGUCAUGUCAGUCAUGGGCAUCUCUGUGCUGCGCUGCAUACGCCUACUCCGCCUCCUCAAAGUCACAAGAUAUUGGACAUCUCUCAGUAAUCUGGUGGCUUCCCUCUUGAACUCAGUCCGUUCCAUUGCCUGCUUGCUGCUGCUCCUCUUUCUUUUCAUUGUCAUCUUCUCCCUGCUGGGUAUGCAGGUGUUUGGAGGGAAGUUUAAUUUUCCUAAUCAACCCAAACCCCGCAGCACCUUUGACAGCUUCCCUCAGGCUCUCAUCACUGUGUUCCAGAUCCUGACAGGUGAGGACUGGAAUGCUGUGAUGUACGAUGGCAUCAUUGCUCAUGGAGGACCAAGCAUGCCUGGUAUUCUAGUCAGCAUCUACUUCAUCAUCCUCUUCGUUUGUGGAAAUUUCAUCCUUCUAAAUGUCUUCUUGGCCAUUGCUGUUGACAAUUUGGCAGAGGCUGAGUCUCUGACUUUGGCACAGAAAGAGAAAGCAGAGGAGAAAAAACGCAAGAAAGCACUCAGGGCCAACAUGUCUGAUAAGGCAUCGGAGGAGAAAGCAAAUCUGGCGAAGAAGCUGGCUGAACAAAGAGCCAAGGGUGUAGAAGGCAUCCCUACUACUGCCAAACUCAAAAUCGACGAGUUUGAGUCUAAUGUCAACGAGGUUAAAGACCCUUUUCCUCCUGCAGAUUUUCCUGGUGAUGAUGAGGAAGAGGACCCUGAGAUUCCAGAAAGCCCUAGACCUCGUCCAAUGGCAGAUCUGCAGUUGAAGGAAGAAGCAGUGCCAAUGCCAGAAGCCAGCUCAUUUUUUAUCUUUGGACCUCAGAACAAGUUCCGCAAGCUCUGCCACCGCAUCAUCAAUGCAACCACUUUCACCAACAUCAUCCUACUCUUCAUCCUCCUGUCAUCUAUUUCUUUAGCUGCUGAAGAUCCCAUUGACCCCAUGUCUUUCAGGAACCAGGUGUUGGCCUAUGCUGAUAUAGUCUUCACUUCAGUGUUCACAGCGGAAAUUGUACUUAAGAUGACCACAUAUGGUGCCAUUCUUCACAAAGGCUCCUUCUGCCGGAGCUCUUUCAACAUUUUGGAUCUUCUGGUGGUCAGCGUAUCACUCCUCUCAAUGGGCAUGGAAUCCAGUGCCAUCUCAGUGGUGAAGAUUCUCAGAGUCUUAAGGGUACUGCGGCCCUUAAGGGCCAUCAAUAGGGCCAAGGGACUCAAACAUGUGGUCCAGUGUGUGUUUGUUGCCGUCAAGACCAUUGGAAAUAUUGUAUUGGUCACCAUGCUACUGGACUUCAUGUUUGCCUGUAUUGGAGUCCAACUUUUCAAGGGCAAGUUCUAUGCCUGCACAGAUUCUGGCAAAAUGACUGAGGAAACAUGCAAAGGAUGGUAUAUAAAAUUCCAAGAAGGAGCACUUCAUGAAGUGGAGGUCCAUAAAAGGCAAUGGACCAACUCAGAACUAAACUUUGACAACAUCUUCAAUGGCAUGCUGACUCUCUUCACCAUUUCUACCUUUGAAGGAUGGCCAAAGAUACUGUAUAGAGCUAUUGAUUCAAACUUGGAGGACAAAGGCCCUGUAUACAACAACAGAGUUGCCAUCUCAAUCUUCUUCAUCAUCUACCUCAUCCUUAUCGCCUUCUUCAUGAUGAACAUAUUUGUGGGUUUCGUCAUUGUGACCUUCCAGGAGCAAGGAGAGCAGGAGUAUAAGAACUGUGAGCUGGACAAAAACCAACGCCAGUGUGUGCAGUAUGCUCUUAAGGCUCGUCCCCUGCGAUGUUAUAUUCCCAAGAACCCUUACCAGUAUCAGGUCUGGUACAUUGUCACCUCCUGCUACUUUGAGUACCUUAUGUUCCUUCUCAUUAUGCUCAACACCAUGUGUCUGGGAAUGCAGCACUGUAACCAGUCAGACCAUGUUACCCACUUGUCUGACAUGCUGAAUGUUAUUUUCACUGUUCUAUUCACUGUGGAGAUGAUCCUUAAACUCAUGGCCUUCAAAGCUAAGGGUUAUUUUGGAGACCCCUGGAAUGUCUUUGACUUUGUCAUCGUCAUUGGAAGUGUUGUGGAUGUGAUGCUGAGUGAAAUUGAUGCAGCAUUGGCAUCCUCUGGAGGACUUUACUGUCUCCAUGGCUGCGCUGCAGUGGAUCCCAUGCAAGCAAUUGCGGUAGGUAGAUUGUUUUGUGUUGUUUUAGCACUUGGCAAUUUGCAAUUUGUAAUGUCUUCUCCCCCCGCCCCAAAGUCUUCAGAGAACAUGAGUGUAUCAGUCACAUUCUUCAGAUUAUUUCGUGUUAUGCGGCUGGUGAAACUUUUGAAUCGCUCUGAGGGGAUACGCAAUCUUCUGUGGACCUUCAUAAAAUCACUUCAGGCUCUUCCUUAUGUGGCCCUCCUCAUUCUCAUGCUGUUCUUUAUAUAUGCUGUGGUUGGAAUGCAGAUAUUUGGUAAAAUUGCAUUGGUUGACGGUACACACAUCAACAGGAACAACAACUUCCAGACAUUUCCUCAGGCUGUUCUCCUAUUAUUCAGAUGUGCUACAGGGGAAGCAUGGCACGAAGUGAUGCUGGCAUGUAUGUAUGGGAAGAAGUGUGACCCCAAGUCGGACUACCUGCCUGGGGAAGAGUACACCUGUGGAUCCAGCUUUGCCAUCAUCUACUUCAUGAGUUUCUACAUGCUCUGUGCCUUUUUGAUCAUCAACCUAUUUGUGGCUGUCAUCAUGGAUAACUUUGACUACUUGACCCGUGAUUGGUCCAUCCUUGGCCCCCAGCACUUGGAUGAAUUCAAGAAAAUCUGGGCAGAAUAUGAUCCUGAAGCCAUGGGGCGUAUUAAACACCUUGAUGUUGUGACACUCCUGCGAAGAAUACCUCCACCUUUGGGUUUUGGAAAGUUUUGUCCUCAUCGUAUCGCCUGCAAGAGAUUGGUUUCCAUGAACAUGCCUCUCAACAGUGAUGGAACAGUAACCUUCAAUGCCACACUGUUUGCCCUGGUUAGAACUGCACUGAAAAUAAAGACAGAAGGUAAUUUUGAGCAAGCCAACGAGGAGCUGAGGGGAAUUAUCAAGAAGAUCUGGAAGCGCACUAGUAUGAAACUACUGGAUCAAGUCAUUCCACCUAUCGGAGAUGACGAGGUGACAGUGGGAAAGUUUUAUGCCACCUUCCUAAUCCAGGAUUAUUUCAGAAAAUUGAAGAAGAAACAGGAAGAGUACUAUGGCUAUCAUCCCACAAAGAAAAGUGCUACCCAUGAGAUACAGGCAGGGUUAAGAAACACUGAGGAGGAAGCAGCACCAGAGCUCCACAGGGCUAUUUCCGGAGACCUUGCGACUGAAGAAGAGAUGGAACGAGCUGCCAAUGAAGCUGCUGUGGAGACCAUCUACAGGAGACAAGGUCUUCUUUUUGGAAAUCACUCAGAACCUUUUUCUGUUGAGAGUGAGGCAGCCAGUGGCAGCCAGGCCACGAGUCAAUGGUUUCAGCAGAUGGUGGAUGGAGUCAUCAACAGCAAUGUCAAUAUCACCAACAGCAACACAAGGCACAGCCUUUAUUAAUAGUAAUUUGGACGAACUGGCCUCUAAUAACUGAUGGUCUAUCAAAGUUCUUCAAAGCUGCGACCCUUUGACUUCGGCAAGAUGGAGAUGGCAGGAACUCCUUAAAAGACACAAAAAAGGACUGAUGAAAGGGACUACCAAAGCUGCCCACCCUUGCAUCCAGUGUAGAGCAAUAGACUUGGGGCCCAGGAAGAAAAAGUCUUAAUGCUAACUAUUAACACUGAAUACAGGAAAUGCCACAAAACAAUCCCUGCUACAGAAAAAUAUUUUUCAUUAAACUAUGAAUGGGCUAUUGUGAUCUUCUGUUCACAUUUUUAUGUGAACUUUUAGGUAAAUUCUCUUUUUUUGUCUGCAGUCUCCGGAUUUCUUAAUAUGCCUAAACAUGUCUGUUCCUUUCCAGUAUUCACUUGUUUUUGUUUUUUUGUUUUUUAGCUCUGUGGGGCUGCUUUAGGUCUGUGAGACUACUUCAAACUCUGAAGGGUUAGGCUCAUACAUGAACACUCUUCCCUUUUGAAAAAUAUUGAAGCAAACAAAUAGUUUGAUUCUGCUGUUGCCUGAGUUUUGCUGUCCUUCGAAGUCAGCUCUUUCUAUUCUAUUGUUGUGGAGCACAAUUUAGCAAAAGUUAGAUUGUUCAGCCACUAAUGGGGAAGAUGAGCUGGAACCAGCUUAAACCAUUGUGAAUCGUUAGUUAUGGCAAUCCAUGUGAGAAAAUCCAGGUGUUCAUUGGUUAUUCUUCCUGUGUUUUCUUUACAGCGUUGUAUCACACAUUAGACAUUUGAUCACUUGUUAAUAUAAAAAUGUUGAUUAAUGCAGAUUUAAUAGUAUAAAGAUCCUUGUCUGCUUUAAUAAAAGAAAAGAUCAAUUUAUUAACUUGAGAAAUGGAUUUGUGCUAGAUAGUAGUGUGUAGUGUGCGAGAUAAAACAGUCAUUGAUGCUGCAUUGUGUACUGU